AUGCUCGACGAAAACCUCCCAACUUUCCAGUUCAAGCAGCAACCCGAGAAGCCACUGUCGUGCCCCGUCUACUUCACGAGGAACGGCUCCGAGCCGGCAGCAGAGUAUGUCUUCGAGCGCGCACACCCGAGCACGACCCCGGCGGCCGCCAAUAAAUAUGCCGUGGCACUGAAGGACCCAUACGCCCAGGAUGUGGUCUACGCCGAAGUCGUCGUCUCGCCCGAGUGGCAGCAACCCACCCUGUCCGCCGCCGAGAUCAGAGCAACGGGACAAGGGCAGAACAGCAGCAGCAGCAACAGUCCUGCGCCCGCGCCUGUGAUCCCAGACACGUUCACCAUCCAGCUCUACGACCCAGACCAGUCAGUCGUCGUGCGGUACAUCCCUGGCUCGCUCACCAGGACAGAGAGCUGGGAGUUCGAGAUGCUGUCGCAGAGCUUCAAGAUGCCCACGCCCUCGCAGCUCGACAGGCAGGGCGGGAACCAGGCGGGCGGCAUCGCCGACUUCCGCCCGCGGAACAUGUUCAAGUGGAAGCGGGAAGGGCGCCUCACCAAGGACAUGACGUGCUACAACGUCGGCAAGAGCCUGGGCAAGCACAAGAGCAAGGAGCCCGACAUCACCAUCGCCCUGUUCAAGAUGGGCCGCGAGACCGCCGUCACUGUCUACGAGCCCAACCUGCGGCGCGUCGAGAUGGAGGACCGCAAGGGCCUGGACAUUGUGCUGGUCCUCGGCGCCGAGGUCAUCCGGGAUCUGUACCUGGCCCCCGAGAAGAGGCCUGAUCUUUUCAACACCGGCACCGUGGUUCCUUCUCCUCCGCUCCCAUCUGGUGCUUUUGGCCGGGCGCCGACAAAUGGUACUCCAGUGGCCAUGUCUGGGGCCAUCGGCUCUGCUCCGCCGCUCGCGUCGACCUCCACAGCGAAUGUGGCAUCGUCGUCGUCCUCCUCCACAAAACCGAACGGGUCAGGGAUCGACCCGGAGACGCUCAGGCUGAUGAAGCAGAUGAAGAAGGAGGACGACGAGCAGCUGAAGCGACAGGCGCGCGAGCGGCAGAGGCGGGAGGCCGAGGAGAGGAGGCACGUCGAAGAGAUGCUCAAGCAGGAGGAAAACGAGAACCGCAGGCGCCAGGCCGAGGUGGACAGGGAGACGGAGAGGCUGCGGCAGCUGUACGGCGUUCAGGGCCAGGACCUCUUGCCCACAGGCGGCCGGCCGCUGCCGGGUGCGCGGCAGAACUCCGACCCACCCCGUCAGCAGUCUUACGGCCCGCCACAGCAGCAUCACCCGACCUUUGCCCCUCCGCCGCAGCAGCCACAGAGGCCUACGAGUGUCGGCCCUGGG